AAUGUUAAUCAUUUAGAGACAAGAUUUUGCUGAUAAUUUUUAGAUUAAUUUUUCAACGAUGAAAAUUUCACACGUUACUUUGGGUUUAGCUUUCGCUAAAACAAGAUGCGUUGUUUUUUGUGCCUCUUUUUAUGCGCCUUAAUUCAACAGGUGGCUUGCACUGGUUGCGGCACAAUUUUCUUAACCGUUAAUGCUGUUAGUAACAAUUUGGAGUAUAAUUGGGAUUUUACUAGCUGUGUAACAUUGCCAGAUGCACUAACUAUAACACAGCGAUCACACAAUGAACCAGAGAGAAUUUUACAUAAGAUCGACACAGUUGGAAAACUGGAAGGGCAUUCCAUCAGUAAUAUAGCAUUUGGGAAUCCGAGGUACCCUGGUAAUUGGAACGAAAAUGACACAAACCCGGUCUUGGGCAGCCACUGUUAUCCCUUUUGGAUCCAAUCUAGGCAUCAAAGUGAAAUCAUAGGUGAAGAGUGUCUGAGAAUCGAACCGUCCUGGAUGGCGAACUUCGGAAAGUUAAGAAUAGGUAACAUGAUGAUUCCGGGUACUCAUGAUUCAGGCGCAUGGACGGCGAACUACAUUUCCCUAAUUACCCGAUUUCUGUUGGCCCAAGACCGUAAUUUAUGGGAACAACUAGUAUCAGGGAAUAGGUAUUUGGACAUUAGAGUCGGAAUACAUCACUCAGAGACCCCAAAAGAAUGGAUAAAUCAUGGUCGAUUUAAGUGCAGUCAGCUGCGUGAGGAGCUGCUACAUGUUGCCAAAUUUCUCAAAGCUUCACCGAAGGAGGUAGUAAUACUGCACAUGAAAGGCUUUGAAUAUCCAUCUAAGUUUACGCUCGAGGAACACUAUAUAGUGGUAAAAUUGUUGGAAGAAAUUUUAGGCGAAUUCGCAUUACCUCGGAGCUACUUCAAUCACGAGAACGGACCAGUACUUGAAGAAAUUUGGGCAACAGGAAGAAAUUUAAUCAUCAGUUAUAACAAUUGGGACAUGGUGAAUGAUAAUGACUGGUUAUGGUUUAACAUUAAUCAUAAAUGGGGCAAUACCGCAAAAGUUAAUGAAUUACGCGAAUACUUGGAUAGAGUAAAAAACGACCACCACCAUACAAAGUCGCCGUUUUGUGCACUUAUGGCGGAGUUAACGCCAGAUGCAUGGUACAUAAUUAGGUACCCCUACAAAGGUUUGCAUUACAUGGCUGAUGAUGUUAACCCAGAAUUGAACAAGUGGUUAACUAAGGAUAAUUGGAGUGAUUCUGUUAACGUAGUGGCAACUGACUUUUUCCUUGGGAAUAACGCAAUUGGUAUAUCUAUAGAAGCAAAUAAUAAAAAAUUAAAAAGACAUGGGUAAAUUAGAGCGCCACAAUAAUACAAACUUUUUGUCUAUUAAAGAAGAGAAGUGUUGUUUUUACCAAAUCAAUAUACCUGUAUAGGUUGACAAUAUUCAAUGUAUAUAUGCAGCUAUUAACCGUACCAAAAACAAAAGAAAUACAUACCAAUAUUGAUCCCAUGACCAUGUCCAAAUAUAUUCUUUAUA